CUGCUCCACUCUGCUGCCUAACAUCCAACCUGCUGCUGCCCUAGGAUCCACAUCCUAGAUUUAGAUUUUAUUUUUUAUAUACAGGUAUUUUUUUGUUGUUUUUUUAUUUUUAGGUGAGGAGGAAAAAAGAACCAAAAAUAUGGGUUUAGCAGUAGGUGGUAUGUUUUUACUGCAACUAUUCUUGUACUUGCAAUGCAUAAUGCAAGGCAACUGCCAGCACCAGCAAAGGAAUCACAAUGGCCCAAAUGCCCUCUGGAGGCAGAGGGUACAAUGGCACAAUAAUGGUAGGGUGUAUAGUCUGCUCAGCCAGGGCUCUGCAUACAAGCCUGCAAGGAGAAGGGAUCCUGCAGUCACCGCUCCCGGGAACCCAGCAGUACUCGUCCUGAGCAGCAGGAACAGCACCAGCAUCUCUGCUGUGACAGCCAGCAGAGGGGACACGGCACACACCGGGCAGCAGCAGCAGCAAAAUGCCCCGCAGCACUCCAGAGAGUCGGGAUCCCGCUUAUGGUUCCAGGCAAGCAGAACAAGAAGUCCAGGAGAAGAUGCUGCUGCCGCAAGAAGCAGAGGGGCAUCUGGAUCGGACAGACUCCAUCCAUCAGGGGCUCAGCAGCCCCAGGCACAGAAUAGCACAGGGGGUACCAGAGCCAGGCUGGAAGCCAUGCAAGGAGAUGAUCCAUACAACCCGUACAAGUACUCCGAGGACAAUCCCUACUACAACUACUACGACACCUACGAGAGACCGAGAUCCAGAGACAGGCAACGGCCAGGCUAUGGCACUCGCUACUUCCAGUAUGGUCUUCCUGAUUUGGUUCCAGACCCUUAUUACAUUCAGGCGUCAAUUUAUGUGCAGAAAAUGUCCAUGUACAGUCUACGGUGUGCAGCAGAAGAAAACUGUCUAGCAAGUUCAGCCUACCGUUCAGAUGUGAGAGAUUAUGAUCAAAGGGUGCUCCUCAGAUUCCCCCAGAGAGUGAAGAACCAAGGUACUGCCGACUUUCUGCCAAGCAGACCACGCUAUUCCUGGGAGUGGCACAGCUGCCAUCAGCAUUAUCAUAGUAUGGAUGAGUUUAGCCAUUAUGACCUACUUGAUGCAAGCACACAGCGAAGAGUUGCUGAAGGACACAAAGCAAGUUUUUGUCUUGAAGAUACUUCCUGUGAUUAUGGAUAUAACAGAAGAUUUGCAUGUACAGCUCAUACUCAGGGAUUGAGUCCUGGUUGCUAUGACACAUAUAAUGCAGAUAUCGACUGCCAGUGGAUUGAUAUCACAGAUGUUAAACCUGGAAACUACAUUUUAAAGGUCACUGUGAAUCCAAGCUAUUUGGUUGCGGAGUCUGAUUAUUCCAACAACGUGGUUCGUUGCGAUUUACGCUUUACUGGUAACCAUGUAUACACUUCUAGCUGUGGAAUUUAUCAUUAUUAAAGUGGAAUGGAUGGAUGGAUUAAAGGCUCGAUAAAAUAUGGAGAAAA